GGGAUUGCUAAGGGUGAAACAACGCAACUCGUUUGCGGCACUUGGUGAAAGAGGCCCAUGUGGCGUGUUGAUAAGAGGGCCACAAACGUACUUUCAGUAAACUCUCGUUGGAUAGUUUUGGCACGUGGAUGUUCUAGUAGUUCAUUUUUCUAGGAUGUUGUUAGAAGCGCAGGAAAGUGAUGAAACGGUUGUCUUUACAACCACUGCCGCCUCUGUGCAGAUCCAAGUGGAACCUGUGGGUCGAUGGUUCGAGGCCUACCUAAAGAGGAGGAGCAGAAAUGCAUCUGCCUCCUUCCAGGAGCUGGAGGAGGAACAGGAGUCCUCCGAGGAGUCCGAGGAUGAGGAGUUCCAGCUGGAGGAGUACCCGAUGCUCCGAACACUGGACCCCAAAGACUGGAAGAAUCAAGAUCACUACUCUGUCCUGGGGCUCCCACACUUGAGGUACAAAGCCACACAGAAGCAGAUCAAAGCUGCCCACAAAUCCAUUGUGUUGAAGCACCACCCAGACAAAAGGAAAGCUGCAGGAGAGCAGAUUGUAGAAGGGGACAACGACUACUUCACCUGUAUAACUAAAGCUAUGGAAACCCUGUCAGACCCCGUGAAGAGAAGAGCCUUUGACAGCGUCGACCCAACCUUCGACAACAGCGUGCCUUCAAAGAACGAAGGCAAAGAUAACUUUUGGGAUGUGUAUUCUCCCGUGUUCGAGAGAAACGCCAGAUGGUCUUCCAAAAAGCACGUUCCCAAACUUGGAACCAUGGAGUCCUCCUUCGAAGACGUUGACAAUUUUUACUCUUUUUGGUACAACUUUGAUUCAUGGAGGGAGUUCUCAUACCUGGAUGAAGAAGAGAAGGAAAAGGCUGAAUGUCGAGAUGAGAGGAGGUGGAUCGAAAAGCAAAAUCGGGCUGCCAGAGCUCAGAGGAAGAAGGAGGAGAUGAACCGAUUACGAACACUAGUUGAUACCGCCUACAGUAUUGACCCUAGGAUAAAGAAAUUCAAAGACGACGAAAAGGCCAGGAAAGAAUCUGAGAAGAAGGCAAAGGUGGAAGCCAAGAAAAGAGAGCAGGAGGAGAAAGAGCGAGCCCGGCAGGCAGAGCUGGAUGCAGCUCGUUUAGUGAAGGAGAAGGAGGAUGAGGAGGCUAAGCAGGUUGCUCAGCUGGCCAAGAAAGAGAAGGAGAUCCAGAAGAAGGCCUUCAAGAAAGAGAGACAGAAACUCAGGACCACCUGCAAGAACUGGAAUUACUUUGCUGACAAUGAGAGUGAAAGUGUGAAAAUGAUGGAGGAAGUGGAGAAGCUGUGUGACCGUCUGGAGCUGACAAGCCUGCAGUCCCUCAAUGAGAUCCUGGCAUUGGGCUCCAAAGACGAUAGCAAGAUGGCUGUGGAUAAGCAGGUAAAGGAAGUGAAUGCCCAGCUGCAGAAGGAGAAGGAGGCCGAGGUCCAGAUGAGGCAGUCAGCUCGCAGUGCUGAGCAGGCCAGCGCAGCAGGAGGAGCGGGGGGGAAGAGCUGGAGUGAGGAGGACCUCCAGCUGCUCAUCAAAGCUGUCAACCUGUUCCCUGCUGGAACCAAUGCCAGAUGGGAAGUUAUUGCCAACUAUAUGAACCUCCACUCCACUAGUGGCAUUAAGAGGACAGCCAAAGAUGUCAUCAACAAAGCCAAGAAUCUACAACGGCUAGAUCCAGUGCAGAAAGAUGACAUCAACCGGAAGGCCUUUGAGAAGUUUAAGAAGGAACAUGCCUGCGUUGCGCCGACCAUCGACAAUGCCGUUCCUUCAGAGAGAUUUGAUGAUGGAAAUGCUGCCUCCUGGACCACGGAGGAACAGAAGCUGCUGGAACAAUCUCUGAAGACGUACCCGGUCAGCACACCGGAGAGGUGGGAGAAGAUCGCUGCUGCGGUGCCGGGGCGGAGUAAGAAGGACUGUAUGAAGAGGUAUAAGGAACUGGUGGAGAUGGUUAAAGCCAAGAAAGCUGCACAGGACGUUGCAGGAAAGAGUAAAAAAUGACAAGAACCACAAAGAAUAGUAUUCGUGUUAUUUUAACAUUAUUGUGUUGGUCUUUAUUUUAUAAUAAAAAUGAAAAGGAGGAAAAACUA